CUCUGAUUUAGUGGUCAUGGUUUUCAAGGCGUUCUGGGAGGGCCUGAUUACCCAUACACAGGAAGUCAGAGGUGGGAGAGGUCCCUUCAGAGUUCCAUGUAAAAAGACUGGUAUUCUUGAUAAAGACUUGCUCAUGCUACACAUUAUAGACACAUCCCUCUCAGCUAUACCCCGACUGCCGUUGGAAACUAUUAGAAAGGCAUGGAAGAAGAGAUGGUUUGUUUUGCGCAGUGGGAGGCUUACAGGAGACCCAGACGUGCUGGAGUAUUACAAGAAUGACCAUGCUAAAAAGCCCAUCCGCGUGAUUGAUCUAAACCUGUGCGAGCAGGUGGAUGCUGGUCUCACCUUCAACAAGAAGGACCUGGAGCACAGCUUCAUCUUUGACAUCAAGACCAUCGACCGGACCUUCUACCUGGUGGCUGACACUGAAGAGGAGAUGAACAAGUGGGUGCGCUGCAUCUGUGACAUAUGUGGCUUUAACCCUACUGAUUCAGAAGACUCAACAAAAGUCUCCCACCAACCAGGUGUGCCAGGGGGUCCGGUGGUGGAUGUGGCACCUAAUGUAGGAUUGGGAGGAGUGGCGGGGGCUUCUGCACUGGGUAAUGUUCCCCCUCCUUACCAGCCCGUCAAUGUCAGACACCUGGAGUCCUCCUCCAGCCUGGAUGAGCCUCAGGACUACCUGUGGUUGGCUCACUGUGAGAGCAAGAAACCUGAGCCAAACAGUCCAGUAGCUCCUCUUGCUGUAGGGGAGGAGGAGCAGGAGUACCUGCUCUUGGAGGAGUGUGCGACCCGAAGCGCUCCUUUUGACAGUCAGGCUCAUGCCGACUGCUCCAAGUCUACCUCCUCCGAACCCGACUGUAACGACAACCUCCCUUCCCACUGCACCCCAACCUCCGCUUCCUCCUCCAAGCACCCCUCUGUCAAUGGCUUCUUUCCGUCCCAUGCUGCUGGGCUUUACGACUCCCCUCCUUCACGCGGGCACUCUCUGUCGGCCGAUUCUCAAGGCCUGUACCACCUUCCCCGAAGUUACUCUCAGGACACUGUGCUGCUGCCGAAGUCGGCAUCCUCACCACCUGCUCCCGACGGCGAGCUUGGUGAUUUCUACGUCUUUAACACGCCUGCUCGCAAACCCUCCUUAGAGGCCCAGCUGAGGAACUUAUCGGUCAGUUACGAUAUUCCACCCACACCUGGAAGCAACAGCACCUACCAGGUUCCUCGUACAGCUGGGGUGGAGGCUGUUUCUGUGCCCACAGAUGUGGUACCACCUCCUCGUCCGCCCAAGCCUUCAUUGACCACGGGAUCAAUUCCACCUGAUCGGUCGCCCACGGACACUUACGUGGUGCCGCGGUCAGUGUCUGAGACUGAUGGGAAUUACUGUGUCCCAGCUGGUUCAGGAGGGAAUAAGGCGUUGAGGAGCAACACCAUUGGUACAAUGGAUUCAUCACGCCUGCGUAGAGAUUAUGGAUCUCAAGACUGUUAUGAUAUACCCCGUCCCUUUCCUUCAGACAACAUUUGCUCGUUCGAUUUUAAUGAAAGUUUUAACACCUAUUUUAAGAAUAAAGGCAUGGUUCCUGUAGGCUCCACUGAAGAGAUGGAUGAGAACUACGUGCCCAUGAGUGUCCACUCAUCAUCACAUCACCGCUCGGGCAGCCUUUCUGAACCCAUCCAGGAGGCCAACUAUGUGCCCAUGACUCCAGGCACAGAAUUUUCUUCCCUCGGAAAGCAGGUGCCCCCUCCAGCCCACAUGGGCUUCCGCUCCAGCCCCAAGACCCCACCACGUAGACCAAUGCAAAUAACCGAAUGCCAACCACCACCCAUAGACCGAAACCUCAAACCUGACCGUAAAGGCUCAGAGCCCUGGGUAUGAGGGAGCCUGUCUGCACUGUUAGCCUGGAGCGGUCACCUCUGUCCCCAUUGUGCUUUAGUGAAAGACCCCUUUGAUGGCCGGACCUGCGAGGGGAAUUUCAAUCUGGUCUGAAAGAAAGCGGGAUACACUGAAGUCGCACAAGCGGGCAGAAACAGCAGCAGCCACAGCAUUAUUGAUCUAAACGUUAAUGGCCGCAGCCCAGCACUCAUCUGAAACCAUUUUGUAUCUUCAGUUACAUGUUAUUGUUUGUACAGACAAUGUCCAUGCCCAGGAAAUGCACUACAUGGCCAGAAGUAUGUGGACACCCCUUGUUAUCAACGCGUGGGGCUGUUUCAGCUACAUCCUUUACUGAAAGGUGUUUAAUAUCACACAUCUAUGCAGUUUCUUUACACAAGAAGAAUGGGAAAUAAAGUUUCUUAUUCAGUGUAAUAAUGCCCCCGUGUACAGUCAAAUAGAUUGGAGUCCGACUAGAGUCUGAAAGAACUCUCAAAGCCCUGACCUGAAACCCACUAAACAUUAUUGUAGUAAAUUGCUGACCUCUUUUGCGAUAGAAUUGGCACAAAUCCCCACAGAUGUUCCAAGAUCAUGGAAAACCACAGACAAGUGGAAGCUGUAAUAGCAACAAAAGGACAACCAACUUCUUAUAGAGGGAUAUCUUAACAGAAAUGCAAUAUAAUUUGCAUAACUACAUUCUAAGUGUUGUUUAAAGACCUUACAUAAUAAACUGUAUUGUUUUUAUAUACAUACACCGCGUGUCUCCUUACAUGGUAGUCGCUGUCAUGUUUCUACAGUAGCUCUACAGAUAAAUUGUUCUUCAGAGCGCGUUUUGUUGCAACGCUGUCUCAUGACUUUUGUCUGUUGCAACGACAUGUUUGUCCUGUGGCAGUUACCAUAUGCUUUUUAAAAUUGAGGAGUGAGCUGUUGGUUGCAAUUCGCAAUCUUACCCCUAGAUGCUGCUAAAAUUUACACACAACUUUUAAGGGAAUAAUUUACUCCAAAUUGAAACUUCUUUCAUUAUUUACUCAUUCGAUCUCAGGUUAACCUCAUCUGUUGUAAACAGUCACAAGAUUAUCUAUAGCUUUUUACUAGAGAUAUUUGUUCUUUGUUUUGAUUGUAUGUGAGAGGUCAAAGGUCACGCUCACGUCAGAACUCUUGUAUAUGGAGUAUAGGACUGGGUAAAAAAUAUUUAUUCUCUGAUUUUAAUAAAUCUUUAAUUUAACAAAACAAUGUCAAUUUGGGAAAUCCCUGAUUUGAUUCUUAAUGUGCGUGCUGUACUUCAGAAGCUGGAUUGAUGAUAAGGUGUGCACGAUGGCCCAUGUCAUAACCACCAUGGUGGUGAAAUACGAUCCUUGGUGGUGUGCACAAAUGACAAAUACAAAGUACAGUCUCCCCAACGAGAUGUCUUCGAAUUUGUGUGAAUGCAAAUGGCCAGCAGUCAGUUAGUACAGUAUUUGCAAGGGGAUGCAGCUGAUAUCAGUGAUGACCUGCUGGCUUGGGGGCGGAACAAGAUACUCUCUCUUGUUCACGGUUGUGAAAAAGUAUAAAUAUGCGCUACCAGAUUACAUCAUCAUAAGCACACGUUUUUGGUGCAACUGGAAACAUUAUAACCCCAAUAAGGUUCCUCACUUGAACCAUGUUUCGUUUUAUGGAUGAAAGGGCUACAAUAAAAACACACAAAUGCGCCGAUCAUGUGGGUGCUCCGUGGCCAACCACAUAUGCUCAAUUAAUUAUAAUUAAAUACGCUGAUUGGUUGCUCCCACGAGUUACAAUAUCUACAUUCCUUUGAAUUCACAUUUCACGUCUAAAACCACGGAAGCACCCACCGACAGCAAAAAGAAAUUGGCACCUAUGAAUGCACAUUUGUUAUGAAACGAAUAUCUAAUCUUCAUUUACAUUUUUAUUAGGGCUUUCAAAAUUAACACGUUAAUAACACAAUAACACAAAUUCAUUUUAACACCACCAAUUUUAUCAACGUGCGAUUAACGCAAUACGCAAUUUCUGUUCAUCUGACCUUUGUUUCGCCCAUAGUUGGAUAAAUUGAGAUGCAGCCUUAGACAGUAAAUCUGAGUAUAUAUAAGAACAUUAAGCUCUCGUCCAGCAUACCCAAUGCUUCACAUGGUUGUUGAACUUUUAAAAUGAUCUUUAUUUGUACUAUUUGAACAUCUAAAAUAAUCUUUAUUUUAUUGAGAGGUGUACCUUCCUAAUUGCUUAACUAAUACACAAAGGAUGAUUGUCCAUCCACUUGCACAUCUAACAUUUUGGUUUCGAUUUUAAAACAUGCAGGAAUUAGAAAAUAGAGUGCAGGACUUGCUUGAUGUUAAAAUAAUUAUUAAGAGAGAUAAAGUUUGGGACCUGAUUAAUGUUAAAAGAGUAUUUAAGACUCAAAAACAAUCUUCCUCACGCUGACUGACACAUCUAAAGCACGUUCACACAGAUGCGCAGAAUUACAGUUUAAAAAUAUCUGUUUUGACAAGAAUUCAUUCAGAUAUAAUCUGUUUUGUCUUAAGUGAAUGUUUGGUUAACUGUUGAGGUACAGUUAUAUUAGAUCCUUGCAUUAUACAGUAUAUGCAUACUGAUAUGCAUUAUAUAAAAGCCUAUAUGCAUCAAUGCACGCGUGUGCACACACACUCACACACACAUUCUACACUAACUGCACCACUGUGGUGAAUUGGUGUAUUACCAUUGUGGUGGUAAAAAUUAAGCAAAAAAAUCUCAGUGUGUUCACAUGCUGUUUGAGAAGAUUUUUGUCUGUUAUGUGAAUGAAAACAUUUGAUAAGUAAACGCAUGUGUAAUAGUAUAUUGGAUCCGUGCAUUACAUGCAGGUCUUAAAGGGAUAUUUCACCAAAAAAUGAAAAUGCUGUCAUCAUUUACUCGCAUGUUGUUACAUACCUAUUAGGGCUGAACGAUUUGACCCAAAAUCAAAACCUCGGUUAAUUUAACAUUUGACAUCGGUUACGAUUAAUGAACGAUUAUUAUUAUUUUUUGCAUCAUAGUUCGCUGGCAAGGUUUGUAUUUUAAAUAUGCUGGGAUAAGGUGGGAUAUAUUUUUCUAUUGAAAGGGCAUUUGUUGUUAUCUUAUUCAUACAACCCACAUGACUAAUUCUAGCCAUAAGAUACAUACAUAUAAGUUAUAUCCAGAUAAUGAGAUGAGUGGCAAGGUAAUACACACGGUAUCCUUUACACGUUUCUUGUCUUCUAUUUAGGGAACUGCUAUAUAAGACCUUUACUCUCAUCUAUAAUGUUUCUGGUGUUAAUGUAGACUAGAAGUUCUCCCGUUCUCUCUCUCUCUAAUUUCUGCCAUGUCUGAUUAAACCUGCUUGCCCGUGUCUUCUUGCGGUUCUGAGGUAUGUGUUGACUUUACCCAGGCUGCGUAGACUCAUCGGUAGAUUCAACUGAGCGCAAGGUGACAUAAACUUUUACGCGUCAUUCAAAUUUGCGGUAAAAACCCGAUCGCGAAUUUCGUUGUUUUAUCACGGGGGCCCGCACAUGUGUGACUACUUCGUUUUUUUUUUUUUUUUGGCACUAGGUGAUCUGCUCAGUUAACACAGUGUUUAAGUUCUCCUCCAUGUGUCUCUAUGCUACUGACUGGAUGGGGCGGAGCCACGUAACCUCACACGCGGUAGUAUGUUUUAUAGGGAAAGUAUUAACAGGAUUAAAAACCGUAAAUAACCGACAUGAUAAAAUAGGGUCGGUUAACGUUUCAGAAUUUCGGUUUCGGUUAUUUUUCAAUUAAUCGUGCAGCCCUAAUACCUAUAUAAAUAAUGACAGAAUAAAAAAAAAUUGGUGAACUAUCCCUUUAAAGUGACCGCACACCCAAUGAAUUCCUACAAAACUAAAGUUUAAAUGAAAUAUUGAUAACUAAUCAAGAUUGGAUUAAAUUGGAAUUUAUUUGAAACAACAUAUAAAACGAAUCAAAUUGGUUGCAACACCAGCCCUAUAGUAUAAAUAAAUGAGUUCCUUCAAAUUCACUGUAUUUCGCAACCACUUUUCUUUAACCAUGGGCCAAGCACAAUACUAACUGUUCACUCAUUGCUUUUUAUUACCAGAGUUUUGUUGAUCGAGUUUGUGCUUUCUGGUGGUCCACAAGCUGCAGGGUGUUGUAUUUGUGGUGUAUGUGUGCAAGCUUCUGCUGAUAAUAAUGAGAUUCGAAUGGCUUAGGCGGUGUUUUAUUUGCAGUUGUUGGGUACUUUGCAUCUUAGUUUGUCUACAGUCUGUCUUCUCUUAGUAUAUUUUUAGUGGCUUUCUUCAUACUAGUUUACAAAUUUUGGUCUUUGUUCUCUCUGGUUUCUCUCUUUCUGACUGUACACCUGUCCUUCAAAUUUUUAAAAGUAAUUUGUAAUAAUUUGCUGUUAUGUACAGGGUCUGUAUUGUUUAGUUUUGUGCUGUCAUCGGUGUUGAUGUGGUGUAUUUUUCUGUUGUGACUACAUCGGUAAAACCGCAGAAGUCGUCUGUUGAAUUUUUUUUAUAUAUCUGACUUCAAUGAACCCUGCUGUCUGGCUGAUCCACAUGCUGGCGUGUUGUCAGUUGGUGUGAAUGCUGUACUCACCCACGUUUGUCUGUUUAACCCUGUGCAUGUCUCGCCCGUCCAUCUUUGUGGGGAAACCUGGUUGUUGCAUGACUUAAAUGCAUGAAGAGUUGUUGCCAUGGCAGCAGCCCAACACAAAUCUGUUAAGCGACAAAAAGACGAAAGUGAUGGAGGCACUGAUCUAUAUAAAUGACUGGAUUGCGCAUGACGUCACACUAGUGAAGCCACUGCGCCGCCAUGUUGGUAUACCCAAACGUUCUAUUAAAUCAAUGGACGUUAUCAGUUUAAAAUGAUAAAACAUCACUUUACUCGUCUUCGUUUUUAUAUGUGAAGUUACCCUGUACAUUAUUACAACACAAACGUCCAAAGCAUGUCAAUAGUUAUUAACUGGAAGUUGUGCAUUUUGCGUCUAAUUAUACAUUCAUCUUUAUUACAGUAUCAAAUCAGCAGACAGACUGCAGCAUAUUUAGUAUUAAUGACAAUAAAUGUGCUCAUUCUGAAAUCUAAAUAAAUAAUCAUGCUUUGUACCGUAUGUGCAUGCAAUAAUUUGCUAGUUUUGUAAUUAUGUUAUCUAAACUUACCUAAACUUUUUUAGAGAAAUAACGCUGACCGUCACAGUGUAGCUGAAUGUCAAAAAAACUUUAUUUAUACCCGUGUCAUUAACAAAUGCAACAGACACACUCACCUUAACGUUUUUUAAUAAAUCCAUUAUCCUGCCCGAUUAAAACAUAAACAUUGCAAAUAACACCAGAAUUAACAAAUAAUUAACGUAAACAUGUCCUAAAAAUUAACCUUGUUUAACUGAUACGCUGAAAAGCGGGUACAUUUUGAUCAUGAUUUUGAAUGGAAGUCAAUGACGCCCUCUGCCGGGUAUACCAAGAUGGCGGCUCGAACUCUGCGCUGGCUUCACCUCACGCAGUUACGUCAAGCGUUCUAUGCACAAUCCAGUCAUUUAUAUAGAUCAGUGGAUGGAGGUGGAUGUGAGUUUUCUACAUUGCAUGGGUGUGAGCUUUAGAGGAACAGAAAGACUCAAAUUCUUUCAAAGAAGCCAAGUAACAAAUGAGUUUUUUCUCA